AUGCCCAACCAAUACCGUGACAUCCAAACCGUUAACUCAACGAGCUUUUUAUAUACCCUUGAGCAGAACGUGUCUGUGCCUUUGGGGAACGGUGGUGUGGUUCGCUGCAAUGUGUAUAAGCCCAAGGCAGCUUCAGCGGGGAACCGGUUCCCCGUGCUUAUGACAUAUGGUCCGUAUGGCAAAGAUGUUUCCUAUGAGCAAUUCAAUCCGAAAAGUUUUUCAGAAGUCGACACAGCGCACCAGACAGAGCAUUCUGCAUGGGAGACUCCGACCCCCCUCUUUUGGACCGAUCACGGAUAUGUUGUCGUGCGAGCAGACGAAAUCGGUAUCGGACAGUCUCCCGGUGUGUUGGACGUGAAAUCCGCGACUGCAAUCGAUGGAUUCUGUGACGUGAUUGAGUGGGCUGCUCAGCAACCUUGGUCCUCUGGAAAAGUCGGCCUUCUCGGCGUCAGCUACUAUGCUGCCACACAAUGGCAGGUUGCGGCCCGCCAGCCGAGAGGUCUAUCGGCCAUUGUGCCAUGGGAAGGAUUCUCUGAUCCCUAUAAUGAAUCCUUGCGACAUGGUGGUAUCCUAUCGAACAAAUUCUUUGACAUGUGGUACGCUCGUCAGGUCGCACCGAACCAGUACGGGCUACCCGGGCGGGCAGCACGUAACUGGGGCCCAGACACUGUUGAGGGCGAUCUCACAGCCGAUGAAUUAGAUGCAAACAGACACAAAGCUGUUUUGCAUGAGCAGCGAUAUCGAGAUGAUGAACAACUAGCGGCCCUCAACUUCAACCUGGAAGAUAUCACUGUCCCCAUUCUAAGCGUGGCCAACUUAGGGGGGAGUUUGUUACAUCUUCGAGGAAAUGUGAAUGGGUAUUUAUGGGCGGGAUCUGAGUUCAAAUAUCUGCGGUUUAUCGUCGGACGGCACGAUCUACCCUUCUACUAUCCCGAAGAAGUAGAAGUCCAAAGAAGCUUCCUCGAUCCUUGGCUGAAAGAAGAAGACCGAGAGGGAUGGACAACGAAAGGAGCACUUCCUGCAGUUGAUCUAAUUCUGCGCCAAGGAAACGUUGGGUAUAAUAAUCCAGCGGGAGAGAAAAGUUUCACUCGCCGAAAGGAAAGUGAAUGGCCAUUGGCGAGGACAGAAUACACACCCUUUUUCCUUACAGCAGAUCAAGGGCUUCAAUACGUCCGACCAGGGCAGCCACUGGCCACAAAAUUAAGUUACAGAGCCCUAGGUAAAGGUCGACCUUCUGAUAUUUUGAAUUUCACAUCAGCGCCCUUCGAGUCGGAAACAGAGAUUACUGGACAUAUUGUGGCUCACCUGAAUGUCUCUGUCAGCAGGGACCGAUGGGGAAGCUCUCCAUCUGGCUUGGACUUGUUUAUCAGCCUGCGUCAUUUGUCACCGUCUGGCGAAGAAAUUUCCUAUACGGGCUCUGCAGGGGAACCCGUCCCUGUGACCAAGGGGUGGCUCCGUGUGUCUCUCCGCAAAACCAAUCCUCAGCAUGCGCGACACCGUUCUUGGCUACCAUAUCGGGAUUUCUAUUCUACAGAUGUUUUGCCUGUGAUUCCCAAUGAGGUGUACCCUGUUGAUGUGGAGAUAUGGCCGACAAAUGUGGUUAUUGAAACUGGGGGUCGGUUAGUUCUAGAAGUGAGCUCGGGAGACACCGCAGGGACUGGAUUUUGGGGUCACGACGACUCCAUUGACAGGUCGGAAACGGUCUUCAAAGGUCAGAAUUGCAUUCAUUUCGGAUCGGAUUAUGUCAACUACAUCACUUUGCCUAUCAUUCCCCCGAAAUAA